GGGUGGGAAUAAUUCCGUCAAUCACAUGACUUGACACGGUUUCUAACCAUUUUCUUUUUUGUGUGACAUAAUAAUCUCUUACAUGAAAACACAGCCCCCCCCAUACAUACAUACACACACACACACAAACAUACAUACAUACAAAGGCGCUAAGAUGGGACAGUAAGGAAGCAUCUCAAGAGUUUUCUCCUUUUUUAGUUUCUUCUCUGGUUCUAUUUUGAUGAUGAUCCUCAAAGGAUUUUUCCAUACUGUAGAGAAGAUAAAGAUAGAGAAGAUGGGAGGAGACCGUUAUUUUGCAACCUGUACCAGAUACCUGCUGUCUUCUGCAUCAAUGAGGACCAGAAAGAUGCUUGAAAACCAAAAGGUGGGCUGCUGAGCUGUCAGUCUGCAGCUGAACAGCAUGCAGUCCUUUCGGGAGCAAAGCAGUUACCACGGAAACCAGCAGAACUACACACAGGAAGUGCAUGGUGCAUCUCGGCUAGAAGAAUUUGGCACCCGCCAGCAGGCUCAGAUGUUCCAGAGCUUUGGAGGAGGUGGCAGCACUAGUGGGCGCCGUGGAGCAACAGGAAGUUCUGCGUCAAUGGCUGGGGAAAAUUCUGGACAUCAGAGCUAUCAAGGUUUUAGAAAGGAGGCAGGAGAAUUCUACUAUAUGGCCUCCAAUAAGGAUCCUGUGACAGCAGGAGCACAGCAGCUCCCACAGCGCAGGCCUUCUGGACCAGUGCAGAGCUAUGGACCACCCCAAGGGAGUAACUUUGGGAGUCAGUAUGGGAGCGAGGGUCAUGUGAAUCAGUUUCCAACACAGCACUCAUCCCUUAGUGGUGUGAGUCACUAUCAACAGGAUUAUACCGGUCCUUUCUCACCUGGAAGUGCCCAGUACCAACAGCAGACUUCUAGCCAACAGCAGCAACAGGUGCAGCAAAUGAGGCAGCAGCUCUACCAGUCUCAUCAGCCUUUACCACAGGCUUCCAGCCAGUCUGCCUCCAGCACACCUCAUAUGCAGCCAAUGCAGCGCCCCUCAACUCUGCCUUCAUCUGCAUCUGGUUAUCAGUUACGAGUAGGUCAAUAUAGCCAACAUUAUCAGCCUCCUGCUUCUUCAUCUUCUUCAUUUUCGUCUCCUCAGCGUUUUGGUCAGUCUGGACAGAACUAUGAUGGUAGUUACAGUGUGAAUGCUGGUUCACAGUAUGAGGGACAUACUGUGGGUUCAAGUGCACAGGCUUAUGGGACUCAAUCAAAUUACAACUUUCAGACACAGCCAAUGAAGAACUUUGAGCAGUCAAAGUUGCCACAAGGAGGUCAGCAGGGACAGGGACCAGCACAACAGUCACAACAGCAGCCAACUCCCUCACAGCAUGUAAUGCAGUACUCAAAUCCCACUACCAAGCUAUCUCUUCAGAGUCAAGUUGGUCAGUACAACCAAGCUGAAGUCCCUGUGAGAUCACCCAUGCAGUUCCAUCAGAAUUUUAGUCCUAUAUCUAACCCCUCACCUGCUGCCUCUGUGGUUCAGUCUCCAAGCUGCAGCUCCACGCCAUCUCCUCUCAUGACAGGUGGUGAGAAUCUUCAGUGUGGACAAAAUAACAUGCCUGUAACCUCUAGAAACCGCAUCCUACAGAUGAUGCCACAGCUUAGUCCAACACCAUCUAUGAUGCCCAGCCCCAGUGCUCAGAGUGGAGGAUUCAAGGGAUUUGGGAUUGAAGGAUUGCAGGAAAAGAGGCUUACAGAUCCAGGACUAAGCAGUCUAAGUGCUCUGAGUAGUCAAGUGGCUAAUCUUCCCAAUACAGUCCAGCACAUGUUACUCUCAGAUGCUUUGGCACCUCAAAAGAAAAGUUCCAAAAGGUCUUCAUCAUCCAAAAAAGCUGACAGCGGCACCAAUUCUGAAGGCUCCUCUCAGGCAGAAGACCAACUCAAGUCACCUUUGGCAGAGUCCAUUGAUGGUGGCUGCUCCAGUAGUUCAGAAGAUCAAGGCGAGAGGGUGAGACAGUUGAGCGGUCAGAGCACCAGUUCUGACACCACCUACAAGGGGGGUAACUUAGAAAGAUCUCACUCUUCACCAGCACAAGCAUCUCAGAAUGAACCCCCAAAACUCAGUACUAGCCCUGCAGAUGAGGAGGAAGCAAGUUCUCCUCCUGGUGAGAAGGACGCCUUGGUUGCUGUGGAAAAUCCACCCAAGGUAAAUGAAAAGGCAGUUGGUGUCAUAGUGUCCCGAGAAGCUAUGACAGGAAGAGUAGAAAAGUCAAGCGGGCAGGAUAAACCCCAACAAGAAGAUGGGUCUGCAGGAGUACAAGCAACACCUUCCACUAGUGUAAUGAAAGAGACUGUUCCUAUGGGAUCACAACAAGAGUCACAAGGAGGAAGUAAAGGAAGCAAGGUUGGGGAUAGCAGCACUAACCACAAUGGAGAUGGGAAUGGCCAACUUGGUCAUACUGCCAUUGGCUCUAAUUUUUCAGGGAGAACAGAACCUUCAAAAUCACCUGGUAGUUUGAGGUAUAGCUACAAAGAUAACGUAGGGAUUAGUACACAGAGGAAUGCUGGCAGCUUCCCUCAGUAUCCUUCAGGUCAGGAUAAAGGGGAUUUUCCAGGGCAUGGUGAACGGAAAGGCAGGAACGAGAAGUUUCCCAGUCUCUUGCAGGAAGUUUUGCAAGGCUAUCAUCAUCACCCUGACAGAAGAUAUUCUAGAAAUGCACAAGAUCAUCAUGGAAUGACUACAGGUCUAGAAAGUACUAUGAGACCUAAUGUCUUGAUCAACCAAGCCAAUGAAUUAAGUAAUAGGGGUCUUUUAAAUAAAAGCAUAGGAUCUCUUUUGGAUAGUCCACACUGGGGUCACUGGGAUAGAAAGUCAAGUGGUGCAGCACCUGAGAUGAAGCAAAUAAAUCUGGCUGAUUAUCCUAUGUCUCGAAAGUUUGAGAUAGAAUCUCAGUCUUCAGCUCAUGAAGGAGGAGGACUUUCUGAGAGAAGGUCAGUUAUUUGUGAUAUAUCUCCUUUAAGGCAGAUUGCUAGAGAUCCUGGAACACACUCUUUGGGGCACAUGGUUCCGGAUGGCAGGAGUGGAAGGAGUGAUCGUUUAACUCCUGGUUUAGGCCAGUCAGUCAUUCUCCCUGGUGGUUUGGUGGCAAUGGAAGCAAAGUUGAAAUCUCACAGUGGACAGAUCAAGGAGGAGGAUUUUGAACAAUCCAAGACAUCUGCCAGCAUUAACAAUAAAAAAUCAGGAGAUCAUUGUCAUCUUCCUAGUUUUAAGCAUGAGUCUUACAGAGGGAAUGCUAGCCCUGGAGCUGCAGCACUCGAUUCUGCAGACUACAUCCUGCAGCAGGAUAACCGAUCAGCACAGCAGAGGCGAGGACCUGGUAGAAUAGGAGGUGCUCGGGAGGCAAUGAGAGGUAAAUCCCCAUCUCAGUUUCAUGAUCUGGCAGACAAACUGAAAAUGUCACCAGGAAGAAGCAGAGGUCCUGGGUCUGAUCUUCACCAUAUGAAUCCACACAUGGUGCUUUCUGACAGGGUCAAUCGGGGCUCCCUGCAUUCUCCUUUCCCCUCUAAUUCUGAAAACUCAUCUUUGUCUUCAGCAUAUCACACUAAUGCUCGAUCUCACAGUUUUGGUGAUCCUAACCAGGGAUUGAAUUCCCAGUACCACUACAAAAGACAGCUAUAUCAGCAACAGCAGGAAGAAUAUAAAGAUUGGAGUAGCACUUCUGCCCAGGGGGUGAUUGCUGCAGCUCAGCACAGGCAGGAGACGGCUAGGAAGAGCCCAAGGCAACAGCAGUUCUUGGACAGAGUAAGGAGUCCCUUGAAAAAUGACAAAGAUGGAAUGAUGUAUCUCCAUUCUGGUUCUUAUCAUGAUGCUGGAAGCCAAGAAGCCAGCCGUUGCUUGUUGGGGAGCGACAGCACUCUGCAGAAUAAGUGUGCUGAAAUAAAGCACAUGAAUCAAAAAAUUCAGCAACAGGAAUCUGGUUGGGAUCUUUCUAGACAGGUGGCUUCUGGGAAGAACAGCAGCUCUCUAGGAGCAACCAGUCAGAAGAGAUUUGGUUCUCAAGACAGUGAUGUACACAGGCGUGAUGAUGCUGGAGAUGUACUUAAAUCUGGUAGUGCCCUUGUAAGACUCCCUGGCCAAGAAGAUCAUUCUCCUCAAAAUCCUUUAAUCAUGAGAAGGAGAGUCCGUUCUUUCAUUUCUCCUAUUCCCAGCAAAAGGCAGUUGCAAGAAAUGAAGAACAGUGCCAGUGAAGACAAAGGACGCAUGCUGCCCUCAUCAAAAGAUGGAGCUGAUAAAACUCUCAACUCUUAUGCCCAUUCUUCCCAUAAUCAAGAUGUUGGCAAAUCAUUUUCCAAAGGAGAAUCUUCUAGGAACCUUCCAAGUCCUGAUAAUAGAAACUGUUCUGCUGUUUCCCUCACAAGUCCAGCUAAAACAAAAAUUCUGCCUCCACGCAAGGGUCGUGGAUUAAAAUUGGAAGCUAUUGUUCAGAAGAUUACUUCUCCCAGUGUUAGGAGGAGUGCUUCCUCAAACUGCGCUGAAGCUGGUGGAGAUACAGUCACUCUUGAUGACAUUUUAUCCCUGAAGAGUGGCCCAACAGAGGGGGGUAAUGUGGCCAGUCAUGGAAUGGAAGAAAAUAUAAAGGAAGAAAUUGUGUUAGAUCAAGAGAAUCAAGAACUGGCCAGUGAAACCUCUUUGGCUAUAACGUCUGAAGACUGGCAAGGAGAUGAAGUAGUGAAAAAAGAGACAUCUGAAUUUGCUAAUGUUGGCAAGGAGGGCUCAGUACCUGCUAUGAUCUCAACCUCUUCACAAAAGUCUGUUGGUCAGGGAAGACCAGAUGGAUCAUUAAGUGGAACAGGACCUUUAAGCUUUUCUGAAUCAAAAACAGUCUCCCCAUCUAAUGUGCUGAUUCCUGAACCAAAUUCAAAGUGUGAAGAAAAGGAUGGCAAUACAAUUAUGACACCCAAACCAGAACCCUUUCCUCCAAAAGGAUAUUUUCCUUCUGGUAAAAAGAAGGGAAGACCCAUUGGCAGUGUCAACAAACAGAAGAAGCAGCAGCAGCAGCUACCACUGCCGCCACCGCCACCGCCGCCGCCAACACCACCAGUUCCAUCAGUAGCAGAAGCACUGCAGUCAUCAGAGGAGGCAGUAGGUGAAGAGCCUAAACCUAAGAGACAGAGAAGGGAGAGGAGGAAGACUACCACACAACCACGAAAGCGGAAACCAAGGCGAGCGGUUCCAAUUGUUGAGCCUCAAGAACCAGAAAUCAAACUAAAAUAUGCUACCCAGACUCUUGAUAAAACUGAUACCAAGAAUAAGUCUUUUUUCCCUUAUAUACAUGUGGUAAACAAGUGUGAGAUAGGUGCAGUGUGCACAAUAAUUAAUGCUGAGGAGGAGGAGCAGAAUAAGCUGGUGAGAACCCGAAAAGGACAGAGGUCAUCAACACCUCCUCCCAGUAACGCUGAGAGCAAAGUACUGCCUACUUCCUCUUUCAUGCUACAGGGUCCUGUAGUAACAGAAUCCUCUAUCAUGGGCCACCUGGUCUGCUGCCUGUGUGGCAAAUGGGCCAGCUAUCGUAACAUGGGUGACCUGUUUGGACCUUUCUAUCCCCAGGAUUAUGCUGCCACGCUGCCCAAGAAUCCCCCUCCUAAGAGGGCCACAGAAAUGCAGAAUAAAGUCAAGGUACGGCAUAAAAGUGCUUCAAAUGGUUCCAAGACUGAUACAGAGGAGGAGGAAGAGCAACAGCAGCAACAAAAGGAGCAGAGAAGCCUUGCUGCCCAUCCUCGCUUUAAGAGACGCCAUCGUUCUGAGGACUGCGCAGGCGCUUCUCGAUCACUUUCGAGAGGUGCUGUUUGUAAAAAAGCAACCACUGAGGGUGGCAUCACUGGUGAAAAAGUUCCUUCAGACUCUAAAUCCUCCAUGCCCAGUUCUGAAGGUGUUCCUGAGUUGGAGUUACAAAUUCCUGAACUACCUCUUGACAGCAAUGAAUUUUGGGUCCAUGAGGGCUGUAUUCUCUGGGCCAAUGGGAUUUACCUGGUCUGUGGCAGGCUCUAUGGGCUUCAGGAAGCUGUGGAAAUAGCUAAAGAGAUGAAAUGUUCCCAUUGCCAAGAGCCAGGAGCCACCUUAGGCUGCUACAACAAAGGCUGCUCCUUCCGAUAUCAUUAUCCAUGUGCCAUUGAUGCAGAUUGUUUACUAAAUGAAGAGAAUUUUUCAGUGAGGUGCCCCAAGCACAAGCCCCCCCUCCCUUGCUCUCUUCCCUUCUUGCAGAACAAGAUGGUGAAAGGCAGCCUCAGCACAGAGCAGUCGGAGCGGGGGUGAGGGGGGAAGUAUGUUCGUGGGAAUGAAAAUAAAAGCAAGCACAGGUUAGGCUGAUGAGAUAAAAAAGCGGUGGACAUUCAAGAUUCGAUGGAUUCUUUCCCACUGUGCAGUCAUGCCCCUCUUGACGUGCCUGCCAAUGCCAGCACUUCCUCCAUCAACUCUUUCAUUACAACUGACCGAAAACAUCACAGAAUAUGAUCAAGGAGUCUGAACCAGCUGUUUUCAUUGACACAAUCUCCAUAAUGACUAUGGGAAGGGGAGGGAAAAGAAGAGAAGGUGGGGAAAUUAAAGAGGGAGGGAUAAAAAUAUAUAUAUAGAUAUAUAUAUAUAUCAAAAGAUCUAUUUUUAGUCUUGAUAGACUUGUUUUAAAUGAAAGGUGCGCUAUCCCUUUUUAUGCAUUAAAUUCCAUUUUUAGGACCCACAUAUGUUCCAAGUUGCUCAUAAUAACUAAAAUUCAAACAAGGCCUUUGAAAAUGAAUCCCAUCUUUUAGAAAAGAGUUAUGGAGUUAUGAGCUUGCUUAAUCAAAUUUGUCUCUAUACUCCAUUUUAUCCAAACCCCCAGGUUUCAAAGAAUACAGUUUUGGUUGUUGUUGCUGGCAAAAUUACCUGCAGGGGUGGGAGGUGGGAGUGAAUGAUUGCUGGGAGUAGGAUGUUUGUAUUUGUGUAUGUGUGAACAGGGGAUUUUUCUUUUUAAAAAACACUAUUUAUUUUUAUUAAGAAAGGAAGCCUGAGAAGCAUCAGAAGACUCCUAUAUCAUGUGACUUGUGAAAUAAGAGUGGCUUCUACUACCUUCAUAUUCACAUACUUUGAUCUUAUAUACAUGGCUCUGUUUGUAAACAUGACUCUGUCUGUACCAAAAGCUGGGGAGUUUGUGCCAUUCUUGGUGUUAACAAAUACUCCCAAAUCAUUCCAAGGAGCUGCUGCUUUUUUUCAUUGGCAGUCUAGAGGUGGAUGUUGGCUUGCCUACUAGAAAGGGGAAAUAUGAAUGUUGACAUAAUCAGUGUGUGUUAAGCUGACCAGGAAAAUCCAAUUAACCCUUCUUUUCUCUGUCUUUUGUUUUCCAAAGGAAGGAAGGGAGAAUGUCAAUUUAGCAGCCUACACCACAUGGUUACUUUAUUUGUUUGUACAUUGUGUAAUUUUUGAACCUUUGAGUUUUUAAAAAAUGAAACCUUUUCUCUUGUUAAGGCCUUAAGAAGGGGUUAGUGCAUCUUUCAAGGGUCACUCUGCCAUGGGAAUAAAAUAGCUGUUUCACAAACAGUUUUAUAUAAAAAAACUAAAACAAAACAAAAAAAAAUCACAAAAAACCCUAAUAAACUUCAUUUUAACCUUGUU